AUGGUAGCAUCUUUGAGUAUUAAAUGUACCACUCAAUAUUUUCCGAAUAGAAUUCUCCAACCGCAAAAUACACAAAAUAAUUGUUCCUUAUCGCCAAUCAGACCUGAAGAAACUCAUUGUAUAAAUCAUGAAAAGAAUGAUAUUAACCCUUUACCCGUUUCUUAUCUACCACCUUCAUUCUUUGGCUACCAGCAACAUCUUCAAAUUCUACACAAAGAAUCAAUAAAUGGUGUCAGAAGUAUUCCUCCUUCAUGUACAUCCUUAUUGAGCACAUUAAGAAGACAAAGAGGAGAAAAGAAACCUAUACCAGAGGACUUAAAGGAUGAGAAAUAUUAUGAAAGAAGAAAAAGAAACAAUCAAGCUGCAAAAAAAUCGAGAGAUGCCAGAAAAAUGAGGGAAGAUCAAGUGGCUUUAAGAGCAACAAUAUUAGAGCAUGAGAAUGCUAUCCUAAGAGCUCAAGUGUUGACAUUGAGAGAAGAGACAUCAGCCUUGCGGAGAUUGCUUUUACAGAAAAAAACCAUCGAGAUAGUAUCAGGGGAUGUUAUGCGCUUUAGUGAUCAUGCAUGAUGAUAUCAUGUAAGAAA